GUGCAUGGGCCUGGGCGCGCGGGGCUGCGCGGGGCUGCGCGGGCCGCUGAGCCCAGGAUCUCCCAGGAGGCCCGAGUGCCGGACCUCGGCACUGGCCGGAGCUGCCCCCUGCCAUCGGCCCUGAGAGUGAGCAGAGCUUAGAAGCUGUAAGAUGGCAGACGAGGGUCUGGCCGGGCUGGACGAAGGAGCCCUGCGGAAGCUGCUUGAAGUCACACUGGACCUGGCCGAACGGCGCCGCAUCCGCUCGGCCAUCCGUGAGUUACAGCGGCAGGAGCUCGAGCGGGACGAGGGGGCCUUGGCAUCCAAGCGCUUCCGGGCAGAGCGGCUGGAGAACAAGGAAAACUGGCUGCACUCCCAGCAGCGGGAGGAGGAGCAGCGGCAGGGGGCCCUGGCCCUGCUGUCGGGCAAGCUCGAGGCCAUCAGCGACGUGGAGGAACUGACCGCCCUGCUGCGGGCGGCCGCUGAGUACGAGGAGCGCAAGCUGAUCCGAGCUGCCAUCCGCCGAGUGCGUGCCCAGGAGAUCGAGGCGGCCACCUUGGCAGGAAGGCUGUCCGGUGCCCACGAGGACAGCGAGGGGCGGGCGGCCAGGAGGCGGGCACGCCAGGAGGCAAGGGACCAAGAACAGGAGGCCGAGCGUGUGCAGACUCAGGCCCAGACCAGUCAGUGGCAAGAAGAAGCCCCCCGCCCUGAGCGAGACGGCAUGGCCUCUGGGCCCCUCCUGCUGCUGGAUGCUCUGGGCCCGACGCCCCCUGGCCUGCCCAGCCCCGCCUCCACGCCUUCAUCCUCAGAGCCAGCCCAGUGCCCAGUGGAGGCAGGUGGCGAGGAGGCCAGUGAGAGGCCCCCCAGCACCUCCCCAGAGGAGGAACCGGGCCCUGCGAGUCCCCCCAGGGCCGCUAGCCCUGAGGAGCCCCAGCCCCUGCAGGCCCCCCAGAGCCCAGGACCCUCCCUGGCCCAGUCUAGGGAGCACGUGCCAGUGCAGCUUCUGGGCAGCAACGUCCAGAGUGGCAAGCUGGGCCCAGGCCAAAGAGAGCAGGUGGCAGAGAGAGGACUCAGGACCCCUGACGCAAAGAAAGCUGUGCCCUCUCUCCAUCAGCCCGGCCUCACUGGCCUCCCCAGCCCGUGCUCCUGCCAACGCUCUCUGUCGCUGCUCACCCCCCGCAGGGCUCAGGCUCCAGACUUCCCCAAGGCCAGCCCCUCCCCUUUCCAGAGGGCCAGCUCUGUCCGCGACCGGGUCCGCAAAUUCACAUCCUCUGAGUCACCUGCCCCCCCAGGGGCCCGGGCCCCCCAGCAGCAACGGCUCCUCAGCUCUGGGGACCGGGCAGCCCCAGGACCCCUCCAGCCAAGUUACCAGCGCCCUGGACUCACAGGCAGUGUGAAAGCAGAGCCGGGCCCUUCCUCCUUCUCCCUCAUCACCUCCAAGAUCACCAGCAGCAGCACCCGCACCUCCUCCUGGCAAGGAGAGCCCCAGAUUGUCAGAGUGGGGGCCAGGGAUCGGGAUUGCCCUAAAGAGGAGGGCCCAGGGGGGCGGAGCCUGGCCACGUCACGGGGGAGGCCCCUUGAAAACGGAGAGAGGGGGCCCCCGCCGGGCUCAGAGGAGCCCAGCACCCUGCCCGUCGCUGCCAGGCAGGCUGAGCAGGGCAGCCGGACCCCGCAACCCCGAACUGCUGGGGAGACCAGCAUGAAGACCACCUUCACCAUCGAGAUCAAGGAUGGCCGAAGCCAGCCCGUCAGCAGCCGGGUGCUGGGCCCCGUGGGCAACCAGAGGGCAGAGCUGACGCUGGGGCUUAGGGGCACCCCCGUCCACUUUGGCAGUAGCAGCACCGGUGUGGGCACCAUCAGGCACGUCAGCACCCCCGGGACCGUCAGGCACGUCGGCACCCCCGGGACCAUAACACACGUCAGCACCCCCGGGACCAUCAGGCAUGUCGGCACCCCCGGGACCAUCACUCAUGUGGGCAGCACCAGACAUGUCUCCAGUGUGGGUCACACCAACAAGAUGGAUGCCGAGGCAGUGGUGGAGACCCCCACCAUGGUGGAGCUGGCAGUGGAUGUGGCCAAUGGCAUGGAGAAGAGCCGGCCAGGGAAGGAGCCGGAGCCCCGGCCUCAGAGCAAGCUGCGCCCAGAGGAGCUGGCUGCCAUAGAAGACGAGACUGUCCUGGACAGGAUGCUGGACCAGACCACAGACUUUGAGGAGAGGCGGCUGAUCCGGGCUGCCCUUCGGGACCUCCGGCAGAGGAAGAGAGACCAGCGGGACCGAGAAAGGGAGCGGCGUCUCCAGGAAGCCCGGGCACGGCCAGGGGAGGGCCGGGGCAGUACCGCCACAGAGACCACCACUCAGCAGAGCCAGAAGUCGGCUGACGGCUCAGCUGUGAGGACCGUCACCAAGACGGAGCGGCUCGUCCACUCUAGCGAUGGCAGCCAGACCUCCCGGACCACCACAGUGGAGUCAAGCUUUGUGAAGCGAUCUGAGAAUGGCGGCAGCAGGACUGUGGUCCAGACCAAGUCUUUCAGUUCAUCCAAGAAGAUGGGCAGCAUCUUUGACCGUGAGGAUGAGACCGCGUCGAGGGCUGGCAGCCUGGCGGCCCUGGAGCGGCGCCAGGCGGAGAAGAAGAAGGAAUUGAUGAAGGCCCAGAGCCUGCCCAAGACAUCCGCAUCCCAGGCCCGCAAGGCUAUGAUCGAGAAGCUGGAGAAGGAGGGCGGGGGCGGAGGCGGCAGCCCUGCUGGCCUACGGGGGACCGUACAGCGCUCUUCCAGCUUCGGGGUCCCCAACGCCAACAGUAUCAAGCAGAUGUUACUGGACUGGUGUCGAGCGAAGACCCGAGGCUAUGAGCACGUCGACAUCCAGAACUUCUCGUCCAGCUGGAGUGACGGCAUGGCCUUCUGCGCCCUGGUGCACAAUUUCUUCCCCGAGGCCUUCGAUUAUGGCCAGCUGAGCCCCCAGAACCGGCGUCACAACUUUGAGGUGGCCUUCUCGUCAGCAGAGGUGCUGGUGGACUGCGUGCCCCUGGUGGACGUGGAAGACAUGAUGAUCAUGGGCAAGAAGCCGGACCCCAAGUGCGUCUUCACCUACGUGCAGUCCCUUUACAACCACCUGAGACGGCAUGAGCUGCGUUUACGGCAAAAAGAACUCUAGGGCGUCCCCGUUGUCCCCGUGUGCCUGCCCCCAGAGCAGAGGAGGCCCUCCCCUGCCCUUCUCCCCCCAUGUGUGGAUAAAGAAAGGCUCACAGGACAGCACGCUCCUCCCUGGCACCAGCACCCCCUCACCGCACCCCUGCCCCACCCCAAGCUCCAGCGCCCCGCUACUCACAGCGUUUCACGGUGUUUUUAUAAAUUAUUAGUUCUCAGCC